UACAGGACUGCAGCAGAACUUUAAACAUUUGUUCAGGAUGAACAGAAAUCUACAGGAGGAAAUUGAGGAAAUCGAGGAAGCAGAAGAUGACUAUGUUAAUUCACAAUCCUGGACUGUGGAGAAAGUGGCAGCUCGUCCAGACCAGAGGGUUGGCUGGUUCACUCAGACUUUUCCACCGAUAGCAGUGUGUUGGCUGAUACUGUUGGUCAUCAUGGGCCUCCGUAUAUACUUUGCUUCAUUAUGGCGUGAGAGUGAAAGUGAGCUGAUGGCUGCCAAUCGCAACCUGAAAAACCUUAACGACAAACUCUGCGUCUUAGAAAACCAGAUCACAAACCUGACUACAGUAAACCAGGAACUGGAGAAACAAAGCCAGAAGUUGGAGACACAAACACAUGAGUUGGAAACACGAAACCAGGAGCUAGAGACGGAGAGGAACUUAAAAGGACAAAUACAAAACAUGGAGACAACCUGGAACAAAGUCAACGUCAGUCGAGCUCAGUGGAGCAUUGAUGAAUACUGCCCCAAAGAAAAUAAAGUUUCAGGGAGACUGUGUAAAGCUUGUCAGGAGGGCUGGGUACUCAACAAGUCCAGCUGCUAUCUGUUUUAUGACGCUGAUCCUCCUGAUCAGAAAACCUGGGACGAAGCUCGAGAAGACUGCAGAGGACGGAAUUCAGAUUUUAUCAUUAUAGAUAAUAAAGAUGAACAGUACGUAAUACAAAGUAACAGCUGGCACGAUUAUGAAUACUGGAUUGGCUUGAGAGCUGAAGGAGGGAGAUGGAAGUGGAUCGAUGGAAGUGAUCUGAAUGAAAGUGACUGGAUACAAGACCAACCUCCUACUGACGGUCAGUGUGCAGUUUCUGUCCAAGACAACAGAUUAAAACAGUACGAAUGGAUAUCAGUGAGCUGUGCUGAGAGAUACAGAUGGAUCUGCAAAAAGAAGUCUUUAUCUGUUUAAACACUGCAGUCAGAUUUUAGAAGGUUACUGGAUACUCUGCAUGAUAACAUCA